UGGGCGGGGUCUCGAUGUACAAUGACGCUCGGCCCUUGACAAAGAGAAUCAGCGCUUGAUCUGUCGGUGUAGCGCGAGCCGCCAUUUCAAAGCCCUUUAAAUCUUAAUGAUUUUAUAGACAGAUGAUUGUUUGACAGAAUAAAGCGAAUAACGCAAAAUAAUUUUAGGGCUCGUUGUUUAGAAGAGCUCUCGAUUUCUGAAGGUUUUAAAAAUGACUGCUGAACCCGAGCAAGUGAAGGAGACGACAGAAGUGAUGGAGACUACCGAUACAUCUGCACAGGAGGAUCCUGUACCUGAAAGCAAAACCAGGGCACAUGGAUUAAAGGUUCGUGGCAGAGGUGGGCGAAUGGGAGGGCGUGGCGGUCGAGGAAUGAUGAUGAAAGGGUUCAGACCGCUGGGUCAUGCCAGAGGCAGAGGGCGUGAUGGCUUUACAAAUGGAUUUGGACCCAUGAGGCGGGGCAUGGGUAGAACGUGGCCGUAUCCGGACAUGAGGGGUCGAAGAGGAGGUCCUAUGAGAAUGAAUUUGGGGCCACCGCCGCCUCCUUUGCCGCCCCCAUCCAUGCACAUGAGAGGACCCCCACCUCCAAUGCACAGGCAUUGCCCACCGCCGCCUCCACCACCAGGACACCCGGGAUUUAGAGGGCGGCCCCCACACCCGAGAGGGCGUAGCAUGAUGCCACCCGGCCCUCCUCGAUUUUUUCAUCCCAGAGGGGGUUAGACACCCUUUUGGAGGGCAGCUGGACAUGCAGGAGGCAGGACGUUCCGGUCUGUGUCUCCUCACCUGCUCGCCUCGCUGAUGUGAUGCACCUCAUCCUCUCCUAACCAAGGUGAGUUUCUCUGUCUUUAUUAAAAUCCCAUUCACUCUCUGGAUUGAGAGGAGAUACCUAUCGGUCAGUCUCAGUUUAAACGUGAAAGAUCAUUGAGACAUAAAGAGGAGUUAUUUGCUGUCACACUAAAGAAACCUGCUGCAGAGCUUAUUACAAAGUUGUGUACCUUCCUCAGUUAGAUCAUUACAGGCUGUCAGUGGUUUGUCUAGUAUUUAUACAUGAAUGAGACAUUUAGGAGGUACUUAUUGAAAUAAAUAUUUAAGUUUCCUGAAGCACCUUCAGCGAUAUCUAGAGCUUCUCCAGAGGUUUCUGCCAGUGUGACAUCUAAGGAACAAAAAACUGCAGUGAAUUUAGCAGAUUUGAAGCAAAAUGUGAGUCUAUUUUUAUAGUGGGAUUAUUUAUGAAAGUAUAUUUCUGUAUAGGUAAACUAUAGAUGCUGAAUAACAAAAGAAAAAAAGACGAUUUUAUUGCUCCCACAUUAGUGGCAGGGUUCCCACGGGUUCUUGAAAUCCUUGAAAGUUUGUGAAACUGGGGGGGGGGGGGUCAUGGCAAGUUGGUGAAUUUUUUGAAAAUAUACAUACAAAGAUACAGGUCAUUGAAAGUGCUUGAAUCUAAUUUUAUGCAAGAAGUUUUCUGGGGGAAAAAAUCCAUAUUAUUCCCUGUGUAGUGUAGGAUAAUAUCAUAAAAAUUCUAGACUUUUUAAACACACGUGCUAACUGUUCGCUUUAAAUGUUUAUAUCUUCUGUAUGCAAAUGUUGAUUCAUACCAAAAUGCUUUUUUGCAUAGUUGUGUUUGACACAUGAAAAUGUCUCGGGUUACGUAUGUAACUGUUGUUCCCUGAGAAGGGAACGAGACGCUGCGUCUCCCUUGCCACAAUACUUCCUGCGUCCCUGUAACGCCGUCUUUGGCAAUAUUUCAGAUAGCGAUAUACUUCCUGGCUCCUGCGUCACCCUGUCUUUGUCGUUAAGCCUCACCAUUGGUUGAAUUUGAUAUACACAUUCAGACGCACUUAUCCCUAGAGGCGUCUCCAAAGUGUCACCGCAGUGACACAGCGCUAGUUCCCUCGAUAGGGAACGGUAACAAUGUAUCUUAAAAGGUAACACGAUGUAACCUUGCUCUCACUUGAAAUGUGUCCCCCCCAUUUAGUCUUUGAGGGUAUUGGACCUGGAAAGUCCUUGAAUUUGGAGAUAACUAAGGUGUGGGAACCCUGUAGUGAGAGAUGUUCUCAUACUGUAACUGUUGAAUUCAUAUUUGAUUCAAAAGCUCAUAUCGUAGUUACCAAGAUGUAACCUUCGUAGUCUUCCAGGAUUGUAAAUGGAUGCUUUGCAGUUACAUUUUUAUGAUGUGUGUUUGUGAGAGAGUGAGCAGUGAGUUGAGUUUAGAGGAAUGAGUCAUUUUACUGAUGCUGCAGGACUGCGCAGACUCAAAGUGAACCGCAGGAGCAGAUUCCUCGAGGUGAAGACAGCACGUAAGUAAAACAGCAGCUGUUUAUGUCUAUUAAAGGAAAGACUCGGGGCACACAGGUAUUCUUGUUUUUCUGUAACUGAUUUAUUUCAUAUAAUUGAUCACAACCCCAUUAGUGCUCCAAUAAAGUUCAUUUCCUACCAA